AUGCUCUUCCGGAAAGAGAAAAAGGCAGAGCCUCCUGCCGCGGCCACGGCGCAAAAUGAGGUCAUCGAGGACGAAGCCGCCAACGACAUGAUGCCAACCCUCACGGCCACAUCGACAGUGCCGCAGCACGAGUACCCCAAAGGCAUCCAGCUCGUGCUACUGCUGGCCUCCGUCUUCCUGACCAUGUUCCUCGUCGCCCUUGACCGACUGAUUAUCGCCACGGCCAUCCCCGAGAUCACCAACGAGUUCAACUCGCUCCCCGACGUGGGAUGGUACGGCUCUGCCUACCUGCUCACCACCUGCAGUUUCCAGCUGCUGUUUGGAAAGCUGUACACUUUCUUCGCCGUCAAGGGCGUGUGGCUUAUCUCCAUCUUUAUCUUCGAGGUCGGGUCUGCUAUUUGCGGUGCUGCGCCCAAUUCGACUGCCUUUAUUAUUGGACGUGCGAUUCAGGGAAUUGGCGGUGCGGGCAUCUUCUCCGGUGCAAUUGUCGUCAUCGUAUAUGCUGUGCCUCUUGAGAAGCGACCCAUGUUCCAGGGCCUCUUCGGCGCCAUCUUCGGUCUGGCUUCCAUCAUCGGUCCUCUGGUCGGCGGUGCUUUCACAUCGAAUGUCACCUGGCGCUGGUGCUUCUACAUCAACCUCCCCAUCGGCGGUGUCGCUUUCGCCUUCUCUGCGUUCCUCCUGAGGGUCCCCGACCGGGACACAACAAAGCAGCCGCUCAGCAAGAAGCUCGCCCAGCUUGACGGCGUCGGUACUGCCGUUCUCAUCCCUGGAGUUGUCUGUCUCCUCCUGGCCCUUCAGUGGGGUGGCCUUGAGCACCCAUGGUCUGAUGGCCGAAUUAUCGCCCUGUUGGUUCUCGCAGGCGUCUUGCUCAUUGGCUUCGUUGCCGUCCAGGUGCUUAUGCCCAACACUGCAACCAUCCCCCCUCACAUCUUCAAGCAGCGCAGUAUCCUGGCUGGAUUCUGGGCCACUAUUUGCAUCGGAUCCCAGAUGAUGAUCUUUGUCUACUAUCUGCCCAUCUGGUUCCAGGCCAUCCAAGGUGUCUCUGCUGUGGACUCUGGCAUCCGUAUCCUGCCCUCGACCCUCUCCAUGGUUGUCGCAACCAUCUUUUCCGGUGCCCUCAUCACCAGAAUCGGCUACUACACCCCGUUCAUGAUCUUCGGAACAUGCCUCAUGUCCAUCGGCGCCGGUCUGCUCACAACCCUCCAGGUUGACACCGGAUCCGGCAAGUGGAUCGGAUACCAAGUCCUCUGGGGUCUCGGCAUGGGCAUGACCUUCCAGGCACCCAACCUCGCCGCCCAGACCGUCCUCAAGCUGCGCGACGUCCCCAUCGGCACCACCCUCAUGUUCUUCAGCCAGCUCAUGGGCGGCGCAAUCUUCAUCUCGGUCGGCCAGAACGUCCUCAACAACGAGCUCCUCAAGCGCCUCGCCCCGCUGCCCGGGUUCCGGCCCAGCUUCAUCUCGCAGGGCGGCGCCACCGCGCUGCGCACCGAGUUUCCCGCAGAGCUGCUCCCCGCCGUGCUGGACGCGUACAACGAGUCGCUGCGGAAGGUGUUCCAGAUCGGCAUGAUCCUCACGGUUUUAACAAUCAUCGGGUCUGCGACCAUGGAGUGGAAGUCGGUGAAGAAGAACGUGAAGAAGCCUGUGGCUGCGGGCGCGGAGGAGCAGCAGACGACGACGGGGGGUGCCAAGUCGGAUGGGGAGACGAUCGUGGAGGGGUCUGUGGCUCGGUCGGAGAAGGAUGUGGAUGUGAAGAGUGCGCCUGCGGGUGAGGCCAGUGUCGAGAAGGAGAAGGAGAAGGAGGAGAAGAUCUAA